AGAUGACCAGAGACUGCGGACAGAGUACAGGAGAUGACCAGAGACUGCGGACAGAGUACAGGAGAUGACCAGAGACUGCGGACACAGUACAGGAGAUGACCAGAGACUGCGGACACAGUACAGGAGAAGACCAGAGACUGCGGACACAGUACAGGAGAUGACCAGAGACUGCGGACACAGUACAGGAGAAGACCAGAGACUGCGGACACAGUACAGGAGAUGACCAGAGACUGCGGACACAGUACAGGAGAUGACCAGAGACUGCGGACACAGUACAGGAGAUGACCAGAGACUGCGGACACAGUACAGGAGAUGACCAGAGACUGCGGACACAGUACAGGAGAUGACCAGAGACUGCGGACAUAGUACAGGAGAUGACCAGAGACUGCGGAC